UGCCAAGGGGUGUCUCCUGCCACAUGUACUAAACGUAUAAAUAGGACAAACUAUUGUGGAUGGCACCGACUCCUGACUGCAGCUCGUAGAUUAAACUGGGACUUGCAGGACAUGACAGAGAUGAAGUGGGUUUUUUGCCUGAUAGCUGCAGGUCUUUGCCUGUGUUUGCAAAGCCAUGUGGAUGCUGAACCUCAUUUGAGCAGAAGUGUCAUUGAAAAGGCUGUGAUUGAAGCCAAGGCCACAGUGGACUCGGCCUAUGAGUACUCCAGAAGAGAGAGUAUUGAUCGCGUGAAGAGGAAUGCAGCGAAUCCUUCAGACAUCCUGCGGUUGCUGAAGCAGCCUGCUGGGUUAACCCGCUCCGCUGUGCGUGCUGCAGACUACAUGGACAAUGCCGUGAAACUGAUCAAGAGGUCUUUGGAAAAACGUCAAAAACGCUCCAUCAAUGCCACAGAUCUGAUCACUGAGGAGGAUCUUCAGGUCAUUGCUGAUCUGACAGGUUGCUCUGCCCGUCAUCGUGUCCCUUCCUGCAAGACGACUCCAAAUUUAAACCAGUUUCGCACUGCGAGCGGCGUCUGCAACAACAGAAUAAACACCCGCAGGGGAUCCUCCAACACACCUUUCACCCGCUGGCUCCCUGUUGAGUACCAGGAUGAAAUCUCUCUGCCCAAGGGCUGGAACCCUGAUCGUAGAGUCAACAGACGACUUCUUCCUUUGGUAAGAGAAGUGUCCAACUGUAUUCUGAAAACAGCCAACUCUGAAGUGGAAAAUGACCCACUGUACACUCACCUGGUGACAAUCUUCGGCCAGUGGACUGAUCACGACCUGAGCUUCACUCCUCACUCCCCUGUAAUUCGCUCCUUCAGUAACGGUAUUAACUGUGAUCACAGCUGUGAACGCACAGAGCCCUGCUUCCCCAUUGAGAUUCCCAAGACAGACCCCCGUUUUGGCAAAAACUCAGACAAGUGCAUCCCCUUUUUCCGCUCAGCACCAGCUUGUGGAUCUGGCAACACCGGCCAUGUCUUUGGUGCAAGCAAUAUCCGUGAGCAGAUGAACACUCUUACAGCUUUCAUUGAUGUAGGCCAGGUGUAUGGUGCAGACGAUACCAAAACUCGCUUCCUCAGGGACCUCACCACAGACAAGGGCCUGUUGAGGGUCAACAAAGAGUACACUGACAACGGUCGUGAGCUCCUGCCCUUCUCCGACAUGACUGUCAACAUGUGUGCCACACGAGCCCGCAUUACUAAUGACAGUAAUGCCCAGGAGGUGCCCUGCUUUGUGGCUGGUGACGAGCGGUCCAAUGAGAACAUUGGUCUGACCUCUUUGCACACACUGUUGUUGCGUGAACACAACCGUCUUGCACGUGCUCUGGCCAAGCUUAACCCCCGCUGGGACGGAGAGACGAUCUUCCAGGAGGCACGCAAGAUCAUGGGAGGAUAUUUCCAGGUUAUCACCUUCAGAGAUUACUUACUCCACAUCGUCGGUCCAGACUUCAUUACCAAGCAGCUUUCCGACUACCCUGGUUAUGAUGAAGAUGUGGACCCAAGCAUCUCCAAUGUGUUUGCCACCGCUGCCUACAGAUUUGCCCAUCUGAUGGUUCAGCCUUUCAUGUUUCGUCUGAAUGAAGAGUACAAAGAGCACCCUGAUUACCCGAGCCCACUGCUGCACAAAGCCUUCUUUACACCAUGGAGAAUCGUCUUUGAAGGUGGUUUGGACCCAGUGCUGAGGGGCCUGGUGGGUCGCAUGGCCAAGCUGAACACACAGGAUCACAUGAUGUCAGAUGAGCUGAGGGAUAGGCUGUUUAAAUUCUCCUCUGAGUUGGCGUUGGAUCUAGCCGCUCUCAACAUGCAGAGAGGAAGAGACCAUGGACUCCCUGGCUACAAUAAAUGGCGGAAGUUCUGUGGGCUGUCACAACCACAAAACCAGGCACAGCUGGCUGAAGUUCUGAACAACACUGAUCUGGCUGAGAGACUUCUGGAUCUCUACGGCACACCUGACAACAUUGAUGUGUGGCUGGGAGGAGUGGCCGAGCCGUUUGUCCGUGGAGGAAGAGUGGGACCCCUGUUUGCCUGCCUGAUUGCCACCCAGUUCCAGAAGAUCCGCCAAGGAGACCGACUUUGGUGGGAGAAUGAGGGAGUCUUCACUGAGGCCCAGAGGGAGUCCCUGAGAGAGACUUCACUUGCUCGCAUAAUCUGUGACAACACCGGUAUUACUGAAGUACCUAAAAGACCCUUCCAGUAUCGGUCUCGAGGACCCGGUUACACCAAGUGCCAGGACAUCCCUGCCUUUGACCUGAGUCCAUGGAAGGAGGGUGCAGGAGAAUCAAGUGGAUCUGUGGGACCCCGAGGACCCAGAGGACCACGUGGUCUGAGAGGCCCCCCUGGACCUCCUGGCAACGCGGCGAGAGUUGCGUUCUCUGUGCGACUGGGCAACAACUUCCCCAAAGCUGGUGCACCAGUCGCCUUCCGGGAGGUCAUCUACAAUGGACAGAACAGCUAUGACACCAAGACAGGCUACUUUACCUGUCAGAGUCCAGGUGUUUAUGAGUUCCAGUUUUUCUGUACCAUCAACCAGAUCUCUGCCAGCAUGGAUUUGAUGCGUAACGGAGAGCUGAUUCUGCACUCAUUCACCACCAAGCAGAACGGUUACAUCACAGCCAGUGGCAGCGCUUACGUUAAGCUUGAGAAGGGAGACAGGGUCUGGCUGUUGGCCAAACAGGGUAACAACGGUCUGACCAGUGACAGUAUCUUCUCAGGGCAUCUGCUGUUCACUGAGUAGGAGACUGUAUAGCUGCUGACCCACGACAUCAUCAAAACACUGCAAAAAGUCUGUUUUGACCAGUUAUUUAGUCUAAAUUAAUUGAAAGGAAAGCAUCUUAUCACGUUCUAGUACAGUUACCUCCACUUUACUAGUAAUGAAGGACCUGGGCACCCACACAGGGGCUCUAAAUUAUUCUCAUUUUCUCAGGUUAAAGGUCAGCAGAGCUUUUCUGAGAGUUUGCUGAAGUCACCAAUGUACUAAUAGGAAUUAUAAAUAGGGAAGCUGCCUCUCUCUAAAGUAAUUAAAGACAAAAUAAUUCCUUAAAAUGAUUUAUUUGUGGUGGACCUAGCUAAUGGAAAAGCACAAUGUUUGAAAACCUGUGGCAUUUUUUUUACUGUUUAAAAGCUUUUUUUUGAAUGAAGAAAUAUUUAUAAUGCACUGAUAUCUGCAGAACUGUAAAAGAGCAAAGCUGAUUCUACAUAUUAUUCUCUUGAUUACUGAAAUACUACUGAACUACUGAAUACUAAUGUGAAAAAGCAAUACCUAAAUUGACAUAUAAUAUUUUUCUAAUUUCUUUUGAAUCAAUCAUUUUAUGGUAUUUUCCAAUUGCCUUUAUCUUUUCUGAAAUGUUUACACUUCAGUACAACUUUUACAGCCUGUGUCUGGCAAGUGAAUGUAAGCUCUCAGGUAAUCUUUAAAUAAGCUACAGAUGGAAAAUACAAAAUUUCCAUCUUUUGUCUAAGACUUUAACUUUGAAAUUAAUAAAUGUUUGUUGCA